ACAUCUUAAGAGAGGAGGGGGGUCUCUGCCUCUGCGAAGAGGCUACGCUGUAGCCACAAACACAUUCACAGAUGUGUCUCCAUGCGUUCUGACAGCCAGCAAGAGCCGCUACACUGAAUGUAGAGGAAGAAAUUGAGGGACGAAGAGAGACCACCAAGAAAAUUACAACACCAUUACUGCGUGGUCUUGCCAAAAUCCCUCUCGAAUCGUGGGCUUGAGUGAGAGUGUGUCUGACAGUAGAAAGAAGAAAGGGGGGUAAAUCUACCAGCUGAUUCGUUCUCGAGGGUCCUUAUUACUGCCUCCACUUUAAUAUUAAACCUCAAUCCAGAAUCUACAGCACAAACAAAUACAGAAAUCAUAUCAACGAUCUGAGAAAAAAACAAAAAAGAGAGACAAAGAGUAAGAGAAGGACCUAGAGGAUUUUUUGACGAAUGAAGCAUCAGGCAGCAUGUGGUGGAUAUAGCCGCAUCUACAUAAGCCGCCUGCUGCGGACGUGACGGCCCACGUGGUCUGGAUGCCAGCAGCUGCCUCUUGGAGCCCACGACGGCCCCUGGCAAUCUGAGAAACGUCCUCUGUUUCGCACCCCGACCCCCCUGCUCCGCGAGGGACUCAUGAGGAUUAUUGAGUCUCGGGAUUAGUGAAGUGUCCACUUUGGCCGCGGGAGAAAGGGCAAACUAUUACUCGUUCUUUGGAUGUACCAGAGCAUGAGGUGCUCUGGGAGCCGGCAGUGUGGUGGAUGACCUCCAGUAUGCGGCCGUCACAGCUGGACCUCACGCUUGUGGCCAUCCGCUGUUUCUAACCAAUGGUAAUGACCAGGCAUAGACCCAGCCCUGGAGAUGCCGAAGAGAAGAGAUAUUCUUGCCAUCGUGUUGAUUGUGUUACCGUGGACCCUUCUCAUCACUGUGUGGCACCAAAGUGCAAUUGCCCCCCUACUUGCCAUCCGAAAGGUCUGUCACCAUCUAGUAAAAGAGAUCUUAAUCAUACCAGAGCGACUAACGGUCUACCGACAUCGGCUAGCAGAUGAUGGGACCGAAAGCAGGCACGAGGCCGGUCCGGCCACGGACUCAAAGGAGUACUGCUCGCAAGACAAGGACAUAGUGGAGGUAGUCCGUACGGAGUACGUGUACACGAGACCUCCGCCCUGGUCUGAUGUAUUGCCCACCAUUCACGUCAUCACCCCGACGUACAGCCGCCCGGUGCAAAAGGCCGAGCUAACGCGGUUGGCCAACACCUUUCUCCACGUCCCCAACCUACACUGGAUCCUAGUGGAGGACUCUCAGAGGAGAACCCCACUUGUUACCAGGUUGCUGAGGGAGACGGGGCUGAACUACACGCACCUCAAUGUGGAGACCCCGAGGAACUAUAAGCUGCGAGGGGACACGAGAGACCCCAGGAUUCCUCGAGGAACCAUGCAGAGGAAUCUGGCUCUGAGAUGGCUACGGGAGACUUUCAACUCCAACAGCAGCCAGAUGGGAAUCGUCUAUUUUGCAGAUGACGAUAACACGUAUAGCUUGGAGCUCUUUGAGGAAAUGCGCUCAACCCGUAAAGUAUCAGUGUGGCCAGUAGCGUUCGUUGGAGGUUUGCGGUACGAGUCUCCGAAGGUGAAUGCAGCUGGAAAAGUCUACGGCUGGAAAACCGUUUUUGACCCUCACCGGCCCUUCGCCAUCGAUAUGGCAGGUUUUGCCAUCAACCUGCGGCUCAUUCUGUUUAAGCCUCAGGCCUACUUCAAGUUGCGCGGAGUGAAGGGAGGCUACCAGGAGAGCAGCUUACUCAGAGAGCUGGUCACUCUUAAUGACCUGGAGCCAAAAGCUGCCAACUGCACUAAGAUUCUUGUGUGGCACACGAGGACAGAGAAACCUGUUCUGGUGAAUGAAGGAAAGAAAGGCUUUACAGACCCAAAUGUGGAGAUCUGACAUCUGCUUCAACAGUGGUACGGUUAUUUUAAGACCCAAAAGAGGAUGUCAGAGUUUUGUCCCCACCUUUGAGGUUUUGAACAGUCUGGAAUGCUUUUCCUACCACAUUUUAACAAGCUCAACACUAUGGACCUAUAAUUCUAAAGCACAGAUUAGUUAUUUUUAAGGCAAUAUGAUCAGUAUGUUGUGGGAACAACAUCAAAGCUAGGGGGUGCCUGACAUACUGUACAAACAGAAUGGAAAUAGUACUGUACUAUGAAACAGUUUUCAUCUCAUCGAGACCUACAGAAUGCUGAGAACUGGAUUUUCUUCUUUCCAGGACUUUAUUAUCUCUGCAUUUGAAAAAGACACUGACGGGAUUAAUAGACUGAGCCGGCGCUUGACAACAGUGAACGUUGAGCCGUUUAAAAUACAUAGUUCUUUUACUGUACGUCUACAAGACUGACACUUAAACACAAAGAAGGGAAUGUCUUAUUUUUUACAUAAUGUGUACUUUUAAGUUUAUGUUUUUGUUGUUUACAUCACUGUCUUGCUAGCACAGCACUACUGAUAUUCAGAUGUUUGCCUCAAUUCAGCUUUACUCGGCGGUAAUACACCAUUUACCGGGCUAGCUGCUGUAUUUGAUUUAGGAUCACAACGCUGUCACAUUUGUCCUUAUAUCUACGUCCUAAAGGUAUGAAUAGCACUUGAACUUUGUCCAGUGUUCCUGUGAGGACACAUGAUGUAAAUAUAACUUAAAGAUGAACAAUCAUAGACUUCGAAAUAAAGUGAUCUAGCAUUCAACUCAACAAGCAAUGUAACUACUGUAUUUGUACUUAAGUGUAAAGUAUUCAUUUAUAAUUUACAACAACAUCCAUAUCCAACAUAUUCAGUAAUACUUUGCACAUACAUCCGUGGUGAUCAUACCAAAGGAGACGGAUUGGGGGGAAAGGUUUGGUAUUACAGAACGUUAGUAUAUUCGGUAUUAAAUGGGCUUGCCGUAGAGAGCUGCACAGAGUUCGCCUCAGUAAAUAUUCAGCUAUAUUAUAUGUCAAAACUACGCUUUGGGCUUUGACUCUGCGGAGGGGAGCUGUCUUGAAUAGAUGUUGCUGUACUAAUGAAGCUAAUACAGAGGCAGCCAGGAUUUUGCAGUGAAUACAGAAUGUCUGCUUUCUUACAAAGCUAUAAAAAAUGAAGAGAGGCAGCAUGUGCAUAUUAUGGGUAUCUUGUUGCACAUCCCUGAAACAGCAUGAGCAAAAAACGUAAGAUUCCCUAAUUUUAUUAAAGAUCUGGCUUGAUUAGCAUUAAAAUACAGUAAAUGAGGAGUUCAGAUGCAAAACCCUUCAUUUUUUAUGUUAAGGUUCAGUAAUUGUACUUUGAUGGCAAUUAAAGGGUAUAAGUGAUUGAUUAAAAUCGCUUAUUUUCACAAAUGUUACUUAAAGGCGGGGUGCGUGAUUCGGGGAGCUCCUCAUAUCUAGACUGGCUUAAAAAAAAGUCUCAUCAGAAAGCCCGACUAAAAAGGCCAGCUUAAACCAGCCUAAAGGGGGUCUCACACCGGACAAGAAAUGCAGCGGCACGUCUAGGACAACUCGGAGGUAUCGUACACCGGAAGUGCACAUUAAAUAGCGCAAGCUUAGUCAGACAGCGUCUACAUCAAAAUGCAAAAUAUACAUUAGCAGCCAUUGUUAAUCGCUAACGAUUUGGGACAAAUAUGAUGGUAUUUAAUGUUAAACUAUGUGAGUGGCGCUCCGUUGCACGACAGGGAUUUGAGCAGUCUUCUGAGUCACAGCGGACAGACGCCGCCAUGCGCCGCCGGUGUGCGUAGGCCUAUAAUAAUAUAGAACAAUAUGUUCUGUGUUUUAAGAGCGGUGUUGCGUUGUGCGGUGCUGAGCUGCGCGUCCGGUGUGCGACCCCCUUAAAAGGUUUUAGCUGGUUAAGCUGGAGUAGCAAGUUGGUUUAGAGGGGCUUUGGCCGAUUUCUUAGCUGGUCAUGCUGGGAGACCAGCUGACCCACCAAUCUAAAACCAGCUGAUCGCUUGACCAGGCUGGAGGACCUGCUUAACCAGCUAUGACAGGCUGGGAGGACCAGUUAAAACCAGCCACCUCCAUCUUAAACAGGCUAAGACCAGCCAACCAUCUUAGCCAAGUUGCUUUAACCUGGUGGGUCAGUUGGUUUUCUAGCCUGACCAGCUAAAGAGUCCAAAACCCCUCUAAAACCAGCCUGCUACACCAGAUUCCCCAGCUGAAACCAGGCUGGGAGACCAGCUAAAACCAGCCAACAAGCUUAGACUGGUUUGAGCAGGUCUUUUCACUAGGGGGGGUUUAAUGUUUUAAGAUUUAAAAAAGCACCAGGUCAUUACAGUCCUAUCUAAAGCCAAGUGUACUCAACAAACACUUGUGAUAGAAAGAUACAGAGAAUGAUUUACCCUGAGCACGCAAGGGAAAGAAAAAAAAUGAAUAGAUUAAAGGGCACUCCAGUCUCAUUUGAAAACCAUUUACAGGUAGAUUUCAGUUAUAUAAGCAGUGUAUAAAAUACAUAAUGGUGAAGCACAAAAUGUUUAUGUCUGAACAAUAGUUUUAAGGGACAGAAAUUCUCCUGUAGUGUUUAAUUAUUGGAGUUUCACUGUCGCUCCGUUUGGGUGUUAUCAAAGAAUGACAAGUGAAAGGUUUAGGAAUUCUUGUACUGUCACUUUAACAACCCGUAAUUAGUUCAUCAAUCAAUGAGGCUUCGGAUGCAUAGCACAUGUUUAAUGGAAUAAACUUUUCCAACUUUGAAGACACAACUUGCUCCUUGUGGGAUGUGAUGGAUUAUUGCUCUAGGACGUUUCAGAUUCCUCGUUUCUUUGUAAUUUCUAAAGUUUGUGAGAGUCAAAGCCCUUUUUGAGCACACGCAUAACACACUGCUCUGAGCUCUUAUCUACAGCUAACAAAGUACCACAUCCCUACUGAGUUUCAAAAGCCUCUUCAACUCACAGAGGCCUUCAGAGCAGCCACACAAUACACAUGUGGGCUAAUGAAGGACAGCAAUGAAAAGAGGAAGACCAUCAUUAAAAUGGAAGGCUGAUGUUUCAGGCAUUUAUUUCGAUGCUUUUCUUGUGCAGCGAGCAAGCGAUGUCCAUUAAUAGAUGAAAACCAUAAAAGAUGAGGAUAUUUUUCUAGUUUUAAGGGGUUGAAAUGUAACCAUUUUUCUGGUGGAGAUGCUUAUAUAGAAGCAUUCAUUUGUCUUGCAUUUGAUUAUGAUGGGUCAACUUUCUUUUCAUGCAGAAAUCUCUCAGUAUUGUUUACACACAAAUAAAAAUUAUAUUAUUUACAUACCUUCAUGCAUGCUUCAAGGGAGAGCAAGGUUAUAAUGGCCUAAUUUGUUUUUGUUUAUCCCACAGAUUUAGAUUUUUAGAAAUCCCAGUUUGCACUGCUAAUAUAUUACUUGGUUAAUAUAGCUACACUAUUCUCAUAUUACGGGUACUUGGGAACAAUGCAUGUCACAGGAAAAAUAAAAUAGCUGUCCUAAAAAAGUUUAGGUAAGAAAAAAAAUACUACUUUGACUUUUAAGAGUGCAUUAAGUAAAUAAUGAAAGUUUGGGGUAGUUAUUCCCGUCUCCUUUUCAUCUCCCUCAAAAUCCAUCCUUUCUGGAGCUCAAACAGUAAAUGAACAUAUUAUUUGCUUAAGAGUGAUGCUGAAAUGUUCUGCUAUUCGUUGUCUGAGAAGUGUUUGUUUUAAAGCAGUAAUGUUAGCGGGAGCAAACAACAAAGAUGACAUAUAAACAUGUGAAUUCAUGGUUUACAGAAAAAAAUGCCUUGAAACGUAUGAAAACAAGUCUGUUGUUAACAGACUAAACAUCUGUUUUGUGUCAGAUGCUGCCACAAACCCCAGUGUAUCGUUAUAAGAAAGACAGCUGUUGUACAAGGUUUAUGUAUUUAUUCUAUAUUGAUAUAUUUAUGUAUUUAUUUACAUUACAAAGUCUUUUCUUAUGGAACUGAACAAAUGCCUGCAUCUGUUUCUUCCCUCUACAAACAGUACAGACACAUUGUUUUUUUUUAUAUUGCCACUGAACUGAGAAAUGAUUGAUGGACUGAGAUGCAGCAAACCAUGUGGCUCAUUAGAAAGCAAAAAUUGCAUUAUUUUUGUUGUUGACCUGUGGCACGAACCUUCAGGUAUCAAGGACGUGUUUUUUAUUGUAAAGCUUUUCGAAACAAAAUUAACACAAUGUGCACCUGAAAAAAUAUGCCACUCCGGUCAUUUGAUUUUGUAAAAGCGGACAGAUUUUUCAUAUCGCCCACUUUUUAGCCUUUGUUUGCCCUAAACAUCCACCUUCAUCUUGUCUCCCACUUGCAAGAUGAAAGAUUUCUGCAUGUUAUUACAAAUGUUCUUUUUGUUCCACAGAUCAUCUCAGAACAAAAGUGAAUACAAAUGUCAAAAAAAUAAUAAAUGUCUUAGGAAAAAGUA